GAUGUUUCUUUAAUUACUAUGACUCAAGACUGUGAAUGAAUAAGCAACCUGUUAGCUAUAGGCUGUUCGUCUUCACUCCAUCACAGUCACCUGAAGCGAAAAGGGCAACUGCGGUUACUUCUGUCUCUUGCAAUGUAAAAGGACCAUCAGAUUGCCUCUUACAUUUACCACUGAUUCUUUUCCAAGCUGUAGUCAUUUAGUAAGUUUUUAAGAAGACCUGGCCACCAUGGAUGAAGCCUUCAAAAGCACCAUCGAUCCAACGUGUUUACAGGAUCCUCCACUGACUAUGGACUUGAUUAAGCAACUCGAUGUCUUUCGCUUUUGCCUCUAUUUUAUGCUUACCCUCAUGCCCUGCGUUUCCCUGCUGCUGUACCUGGAGCAGUGUGCAUUCAUUUACAAAAAGCUGCCCUAUCCCAAGAAGACAACCAUCAUCUGGAUAAGUGGUGGUGCACCAGUCCUCGGCACCAUGGCCUGCUUUGGAAUAUGGGUUCCCCGCGCCACCAUGAUCACAGACAUGAUGUCAAACUGUUAUUAUGCAGUUGUGGUGUAUAAGUUCUUGGUUCUGCUGAUUGAGGAGCUUGGAGGCGCCAGCGAUUUUCUACAACGGUUUUCUAGUAAAACCUUCAGGAUCGACACAGGACCUUGCUGCUGCUGCUGCCCCUGUAUUCCUCGAGUACAAGUGACACGACAGAUGUUAUUCCUGCUGAAGUUGGGAUCUUUACAGAAUGCAAUCCUAAGAACAGUUAUCUCUGUCCUGUCUCUAAUUCUCUCGACAAAUGGCAUCUUUAAUCCUGCUGAUCUAAAGGUCACUGGUGCAACCCUUUGGAUCCAAUUGUUUAUGGGUGUUCUCACCAUCAUCUCCCUUUGGCCUAUUGGUAUCGUCUUCAUGAACAUUAAAUCCCUUCUACACAGUCAGAAAAUUAUUCCGAAGUACGCUAUGUACCAACUUAUAUUUGUACUAAGCCAGCUGCAGACAUCAAUCAUCAACAUCCUGGCCUUUAACGGGAUCAUCGCCUGCGCCCCUCCCUUCUCCUCUAGGGCUCGCGGAUCCAUGUUAAGUCAGCAGUUAUUGAUUAUGGAGAUGUUCAUCAUCAGCCUCGUCACCCGGUCUUUGUACCGUCGCAUGUAUGACCCACUUCCCUCUGAGGAGCAGGACAAUGAGCAGAACGAAAAAGAAGCCCUGCAGACUGCCCUCGUGGAACAUGAUGUGUAAAAGAAGAAAACAGAGAAUGUCAACAACUUUCUCUAACAGAUAUAACUGUAUACGUUAGGAAAUUGGUUAUUAAUGUACUUUACCUUAUGAUGUCGUUUAAGGAUAAGGUACUUAUUAUUUAUCGAGGUACCCUUUUGUUAAACUUUAAAAAACUAUUUACAGGGUACCUUUCACAGUGAACCCUUUUUAGUUUGUUAAUAUUAGUAUAUUUAAUUGAUGGAAGUUUAUUUUUUCAUAAAUACAACAUAUUGGCCCAAGACAAGUCCUGAAGAGUGUCCUAAACAACAUGUUAGAGUUACCUAAAAUAAACAUACUUCUGCAGUUAUCAACUGACAAAGCAUAUGUAUACUGUUGAAAAUCAUUUUUUCUAUAGUUCCCCAUUUGUAUUUGUGUUGACGUAAUUCAAAUGUAUAACGUGCUUUCCUUGCACAGGAACCAAACUAGUUGCCUUGGAAACAAAAAUGCAACACAGUAGCACACUACUCUGCAGUUUGUCUUUGCUGUUCAGCACUGGGUAAGGCUGUGUUGGGUUUUGCAAGAAUGCAGCCAGGGGCAAGCCCCUUCUUCAGUAUCCCUGACCCUUGUAUAACCAAGCACACACCCACUCCCCCAAUGACCACUAUUCUGAAAUAACCCCAAUAAGGUUUCAGUAUGUAACUUAUCAGAAACGAAGAACUAAAAGAAAUGUAUCUGUUCAAUGCUAGUCUCAGACUCAGCUGGACCUAAGCUGGUAUUGUUUAAAUGUGGGCUACAUUAUAAAAUUAAAAUAAACAAACUGUGAAAUAGGCCUUAUAUUUAGUAACUGACUUAAAAGCUGUGGAUCAGGAACCAACUACAGCAUUAUUAUCUACUGUAGCUAUAUAUUCUUACAGUGCUUAUGCAAAGGAAACAUGUUUAGGGUACAGCUGACUUUAUGUUCUUUUUUUAAGAUCCUAUGGUGCCUCCCCCCAGGACAUGCUGCCCAGGGUAAAGAGCCAUAUAAACUACCUCAAAAACAGCUACUGGGGUAUUGUUGGCCAAUCAGAUUGAUCUAUUGGAUUCUUGUGCCUCAUGUAUUCAUUCCACAAACGUUCCUCUUACAUUUCUCUUAGAUAAAGAUGAAGGGAUAAUGAGCUGUAUUUACCAAGAAGAAUCUCCUGGAAGCAGAGAUUUUUUUUAAAUUUAGAAUAUAAACAAACACAUUUAUUUUUAGUUAUGUGCAUGAGAAGAGUGUGUUAGAAAAAGAAAUGGCACUGAUGAAGUGUGAUCUAAAAUGGCAACUCAUUUUGUAUUAAAGUGGGAAAAGUCCUGAUAAAGUGAUGAAUUUUAUAUUAUUAUAUUUGUUCAUUAAAGUUUACAGCUUGUAUCAUAUCUGUUCACUUCACUGCAGGGCAGCAUUUGAAUGCCUUUAUAUUAUUACAUUUUUUACGCUGCAAUGGCUCCAGUGCAUCACAGCUCCUGUUUUUUCUUCAUCUUACAAGUGUGUCUUAAAAAAAUAAAUGAUUUCUGACAACUUUA